AUGGUCUCAGACACUGUGUAUUCGCUCAGAAACGAUCUUACAAUGAGAAUCACAGCUACAAUUCUCUGCCUCCUGCUCGGCACUGCUGCUGCAUUGCCUGACCUCGAUUCCCGGAGGAUAAGGCACGUUUGUGCCGGCGCCCUGGACAAUCUGUAUGGGCGUAUCCAAGAUCAGAACAGAUGGUGCCAGAACCCCAAGGACAAGCUGUGUCCCGUUGGCAAGGCCAAUUGCAGAAAAGCCGAGCGCAGAACAUGUUCUCCAACAUGCCCCCCUUAG